AUGGCUUCCUCGAAUGGAAAUUUUCCAGCAUCUAUGCUUGUUCUCAAAGGCAAGAACUAUGAUGAUUGGUGUGCUCAGAUGAAGGUAAUUUUUCGAUUUCAAGAUGUGACAGAAAUGGUGCAAAAAGGGGUUCAAGAACUUGACAGGAACCCAACUGAUGCACAGAAGAAAAUUAGAUAUGUUGAUACUACAAAGAAGGCAUGGGAUACUCUAGAGAAAUCCUAUGCAGGGGAUAGCAAACUUAAGAAGGUGAAGUUGCAGACCUUGAGAAGGCAGUAUGAACUUCUACAAAUGAGAGAACAAGAAAGCAUUGGUAUUAAGAACCUUGAACCAAGAUUCGAUCAUAUAGUGGUGGCAUUUAAGCAAGGCCAGAAUUUUGAAGAAAUGAAGAUUGAAGAACUACAAGGAAUUCUUGAAGCUCAAGAGAUGAGGCUCAAUGAAAGAAAUUUACAAAGAUCAGCUGAGCAAGCUAUGCAAGCCCAAACAACCAAAGGGAACAACUAUGAUGGUGGUAAGAAUAAGAAGGGAAAGGGAAAGUGGAAGAACAAUAAGUGGAAGGAGUCAAAUGAAUGCAGAAAUAAAAGGGUUCCAAGAAAUGCAGAUGAGGCUCAAUUGGCACAAGAUGAGGAUUCUGACUCUGAUAAAGUGUUACUAAUGGUGAAGAGCAAGAUCAAGUUUGCAGAUAACAGCUCUGUAACUGCAGAAGGCAUUGGAAAGGCAAUGAUUCAUAGGAAGGAUGGACAACACUCAUUUAUAAAUGAUGUGCUAUAUGUUCCCAAUAUGAAGAAUAAUUUGCUGAGCUUGGGACAGUUGCUAGAAAAGGGCUACUCAAUGAAAAUGGAGGACAGUCAAAUGAAGAUAUUUGACAGCAAGAGGAGGUUGAUCCUAAAGGCUUCUUUGUCAAGAAACAGAACAUUCAAGAUUGGAAUUCAGAUUGCAGAAUUUCAAUUGGCUGCUUCUAUAAGUGAUGAAAGCUAG